AUGCCAAAAAAUAAAUUUUCUUUGAGUGAUACAAUGAUGAUAGCAGAAUCUUAUGGAGAAAAAUGCUUUUCCAAAGAAUAUAUCAAUUGUGAAAUUCCAAUGCUUUGGGAAUGUAGCGAAUACUAUCAAUGGAAGUGUUCUUUUCGAUCUAUUAAAAAUCGCCAUUCAUGGUGUUCUUACUGCUCAAAUAGAAAACUCAAUAUUUCAGUGGCCAAAGAACUGGCAUGCGCUAAAAAUAGAUAUCAUCAGUUUCUCCUUUCUCUUUCAAAUAUCAAAAAUGGAAAAAAUUGGUAUCGUGAGUAUAUGAAACUUGGACUUGAAUUUGCCCAGAAUCUUGCAAAUAAAAGGAGUGGGACAUGUCUUUCUAGUUCUUAUCAUAACAGAUGUACUUCGCUAUCUUGGAAAUGUUCUAAAAAACAUUCAUGCACAAAACUUGAUAUUUCAGUAGCCAAAGCUAUUGCAUAUAGUCGAGGAGGGGAAUGCUUAAUAGAUUCUUAUACCAAUUGCAAAAGCCAGUUACUCUGGAGAUGCAAUAAAAACCAUCAAUGGUAUGCUACUCUUUCUCAUGUAAAAAAUGAUAAUACAUGGUAUCCAUAUUGCUCUAAAUAUAAACGUGAAAGUUUGUGUCGAGAGAUUAUGUCAAAAUAUCUUAGACCGCCAUCUAAGAUACGUCAACCUGAUUUUCUUAAAACUUUAGAUCACCUAACUGGAUUAGAACUUGACAUUUAUUAUCUGCAAUAUGGAUUUGCAACUGAAGUACAAGGAGAACAACACGAAAGAUAUAUAGAAUUCUUUUAUAAUGGUGAUCCCAAUAAUUUCACUAAACAACAAGAGCAGGAUCAACUCAAGAAAGAAUUAUGUGAAGAAAACUAG